AGUUCCCUCGGCUGAGCUACACAGCGAGCAGCCAGUGCACUUGUGCAAUCAUCACCAACAUCAUCGCUCCGUUUGAUUCAGAGACUUUAAAACAAAACAAAAAAAUAAUUAAAACAACAACAACUACUAACCAACAAAGCAAUGCGUAGAAAUUAAGAGACGAAACAAAACAAGGAGAAGAAACAAGAAGAAGAGGGUUGAGUCGAGACGUCUUGUCUUCAUUCCGACCGGGAACUUGGAUACAAUCAGACUUUUAAAGGGAUUGUUCUGGACUUUAGAUACAAGACAGACUGGAGACCGCCGGCGUGUUAAAGCCCGCGCGCUGUCGCACACACGUCCGACUUGAUUUCUCUUGCUAUGACAGGUAAAUUAGCAGAGAAGCUCCCUCUUACCAUGAGCAGUCUAAUCAACGCCAUACCUGACAGCCUUUACCCUGAAGAGGACAUCCCCACUUCAUCCAUGAACAUCUUCACCAGCACGGACUCCGUCUCGCAUUACUCACAGAUGAACACAGAUAAUAUAAUGGACUUGGGCAUGGGAGGUGACAAGAACAGCAGUGAGCUCCCAUAUGCUUCCAGUAGUUUUCAAUCCAGUCGAAGCGGCCAAACAGUUACUUACUUGGGAAAGUUUGCCUUCGACACCCCACCGUCAGGCAGCAUCGGCAGCUCGGGCUGGUGCCCGGAUAACAACAUCAUCAGCUUGGUGAGUGCGGGCAUCCUCGGCGUUUCCCCAUCGCCGGGUACCAUCACCACUCAGACGUCCUCAUCAGGUGGCAUGAGUGUCCAAUCGUCGGACAUUGAUCAAGUGUAUGCUCCGCCCCUUCCCGCCUAUUCCGCCUGCGGUGACAUGUACCAGGAGCAGGUGGCAUUCCACCACAGCCCUGCAGCAUCGUCAUCGCUGUCCUAUGCACCCUCUGAGUACCACAGUAACACCAAAGCUGUGGAUGCCAGCCUCUUUUCCAUGAUCCCCGACUACAAUCUGUUCCAGCACCAAGGUGGCGCGGGUGAAGCGGGCGCCAUGGAACACAAACCUUUUCAAACCGUCGAGCCCCUUCGUGUAAAUCCACCACCUAUCACACCGCUCGAGACCAUCCGGGCAUUUAAGGACAAACAGCAGUUGCAGCCUGGUUUCCUGGGCUCGCAGCAGCACCAUGUUUCCCAGCACCAUCACCACCACCAACCCCAGGCUCUCGCCCUUAAACCCGUCCGCCCACGAAAGUACCCGAACCGGCCAAGCAAGACGCCGGUGCACGAACGUCCCCACGCGUGCCCGGCCGAGCACUGCGACCGACGCUUCUCACGGUCUGAUGAGCUUACGCGCCACCUGCGCAUCCACACAGGCCACAAGCCUUUCCAGUGCCGCAUCUGCAUGCGCUCCUUCAGCCGCAGCGACCACCUGACCACACACAUCCGCACACACACUGGCGAGAAGCCUUUCUCCUGCGACUUCUGUGGACGCAAGUUUGCUCGCAGCGACGAGCGUAAGCGCCACGCCAAGGUGCACCUCAAGCACAAAGACAAGAAGCCUGCAGAAAAGGCAGGCAGCUCGAGUGCCACAGUGACAACAGCUGCUCGCUCAUCGCCACCUCGUUCCUGUGGGAGCAGCGGAGCCAGCGGGGCCAACGUUCUUACUGUUACCACAUGCGCAUAGGACUGAGAGCGCCACUAGUGUUUGAUAAGAACGAGGGAGGAAGAAAUCUGAGCUCUUUCCUUUCUUCUGAAAGGCCUAGCCAUUGACUCUUAAAAACUCUCCCUCUCUUCAUGCAUUAGUUCUUUGAUAUAUUGUUUUUAUAAGGUGGUAUAGUCACAUUCACGUUGACCCUUACUGGGGGGUUGAGGGAACACACUAGUGUUUAAUGGCAGGGAGAAUAGCAAAGUCGGGUAGCAGCCAGUGGACAGUCAGGUCAUCCCAGGGAAAAAUAACAGGGCACUUUUUUGGGGGGAAAAGCAUUACAGGCUCAGGGAGUCCUAAUUUCCGGCUCCGUGGACCUACAUUCUCCAUCUGGCUCAGAUUAGUACAUUUAAAAAAAAAAACAACAACAACUAUAGAAUACAACCUAACCUACACUUGCAGUCAAUUAUUUUUUUACACCAGAUUUCCAGCGGCUCAUCCAGUACGAAAAAAGUGCAAUUUAAUUUCCUUAACAUUGUUAAUACCUUGUUUCUGCUGCACUUUGGUUCCUGUUGUUUGUUGUUCUUGUAUUUUUUUUUUUUUAAUACUGCUUGUUAAUUAUUUAAUUGAUACUAUUUUUUAAAAAGAAUGUGCCAAAUAUGUUUUUAAUACAGCCAACUUUUUUUUUUUUGUGUCGUCACUCUCGUGAGCGUAGCAGGGAUUAUUAUAGUGAAGCUACUUGACGAUGGAGUUUAAGGGAAAGCCUUGAAUAUUACAGCGGCACUGAAAGGCUCAGAGUUUGAGUAGUAUUCAAGUGGGUGUUUCUUGUGUAAUUUGACUGCAUUAUCUUAAUAUCUCAAAAUCCCAGCAGUACAAUUAAAGGGAUCUGGAUGGCUUUUUGGUAAACAGUAACAGAUUGCUUGUACAAUACCACAAAAAAAAAGAGUGUGUAUCUUGGCAUCCGAGCUCACUAAAUGCAGUUUACUUAUUAGCAUGAAAUUAAGAUCAGAUCUGUGGCGUUUACGCCAGGUACAUAAUCUGGUAAAGCCAAAAAGCUACACGUGCUCUGUUUAAUGCUGAGAUUUGUAAUCGUCCUCCCAUUUCAUUUUUAUUUAGUUUUUUUUUAUUUCUCUAAAAGUGAUUAAUACGAUUCCCCCCCCCCCCCCCACCCCCAGUCUGUAUGCCUGCAUGCGUCACAUGUUGCUAGCGUGUCUGGAUUAGCACUGAGACAAAAGGACAUUUCCGGGAGCAAUACGCAUGCAGCUCGACCCCCAAGUCGCAGGGGGAGCAAGAUACGAUGUGAAACUUUUCUUUCAUGUUUGUGUCAUUAUGAUAUUUAUGUUUGUGUCAUUGUCAUUGCUGAUGAGUUCCUACUGGUUUAACCUGCUACGUUCCAUCCGUCCCGCACGUCCGAGCAAACACGCAAACACACUCAGCCAAAAUGAUGGGAAUAACAACCUUAAAGCAUUAACGUACGGAUAAUCCGAGACGCCGGCUUUCUGACUGAACUCGGUCGUGUUCAUGCUGUUAGAUUUUUGAUGAAAACAGUUCGGACAUUUAUGUUCUGUUUUUUUUUUUUUCUUUGCUUGUUUUUCCCCUUACAGCUCAUCAGCAGUAAUGUGCUCUCUCCACAUGUUUUUUUUUAUUUUUUUUUUUUUUUAUCUCCUCCUCCUACAUGGAACACGCUGAUAGAUUCUGACUAUCCGAGAAGGAUCGUCUUUUUUGUACAGCCGCCUAUAAAAACACACGACUCGUGUUUUCUACUAAGAAUGUACAGUUUAAAGGAAAGCAAUGUGUUUCAGUAUUACUUUGUGUGUCUGUGUCCGUGCGAACACACACGCCAACAACACCCACCCCCCCACCCCACCCGCCCCUUCGAUACCCGUACUCCGAGAUCCGAGACCGGAUGCAAAGGGUGUGUUAACGUACAUUUCUGAAGACUGUGUACAUAAUGUAGAAUGUGUUGUUUCUUUUUGUUGUUGUUGUUUUUUUUGUUUUUGUUUUUUUUAACUGUGAGUGCGUUAAAAAAAAAAAAAAAGGAGAAGCAUUGUUCAACAGUGUCAAACCUGAUGCAUAAUACGUCCAUGAAAUAUUGUUUUUGUGCAUAAUAUACAAAGAUGGAGACACACUGAAUGAUGUGUUUAUUAAAGAAAUAAACCAUACGGUUAUUUGGAA